UUAUAAUUAACCUUCAAAUUUACCAAAAAAAAAUACAAUUUUAACAGCUUAUUAAUGAUUAAAAACCAUGAAAAUUGUAAUAAAUCAACUGAGAACAUUCCGAACCGCUGCAUUUAAUUACAAAGAGAUAUCUCCGGGCAAAUUAAAACGAAAAGUAAAAGGUGUUAGUUCUCACGAAUGGUUGGCCAGGCAAAACUCCGAUCCUUACGUGGAAAAGGCAAAAAUGCUGAAUUACCGUUGCAGAAGUGCAUUUAAAUUGAUCGAAAUCGACGAUAGGUUUAAGAUAUUGCGUCCAGGUUAUCAUGUCGUUGAUUGUGGUGCCUCUCCGGGCUCGUGGACACAGGUGACUGUAAAACGAGUCAAUUCAGAUGCUUCAGACAAAAGUCUUUUACAAGGGAAAGUGAUAUCUGUUGACAGACAGCUUAUAUACCCUAUAGAGGGAGCAACUCUAAUUGGCAAUGCUGAUUUUACAGACCCCACCAGUGAACAAACUAUUAUAAAAGCUUUAAAUGGUAAUAAAUGUGAUGCAGUUAUUUCUGAUAUGGCACCUAAUGCAACAGGUAUUCGUGAUUUAGACAAUGAAAACAUUAUCAAACUUUGUUAUAUGGUGUUAAAGUUUGCUAUAACGAAUUCUAAAGUGGGAGCUUCAGUGUUAAUGAAAUUGUGGCAGUGUGGUGACAGCAAAAAACUUGAACUUGAUAUAGGAAAGUUUUACGAGAAAGUCAAUGUGGUAAAACCGAAAUCUAGUCGAUCAGAUUCAACUGAAAUGUUUCUAUUAGGACGCGAAUUUAAAGGUUUAAAAAAUAGUUAAUUAAUUUAAACAACUACAA